AUGGAUACGUCAUCUCUUAUCAUUUCGCACGAAGACUUAAAGUACAUUGACGCGGUGCCGGAGAAAGACGACAUCGUCAUGGAGGAACAGCCGUCGCCCAUAAUGCGGCUCAGCCGGGUGGCGCCGGGCGCCGGUGUGAUCGCCCUACAUCACCAAACGCAGCCGCCGCCGCUGUCGCACCACCGGGCCCUGGUGGGCGAUUACCGGGAGCCGUCGACCCCGGUGGUCUUGGACACGGUUUGCGGCCGCCGGACGGUGAACGGGGUAGGAGACGCCAUCGCCGCCGGAGCCGGAGGUCCGCAUCCGCAAGUGGCGUUGUGGCACCCACGGCCGGUGUACCCGUUUCCGCUGCCGCUGCCGACCACCACCACCAUUGGAUUCUGGCACUCGUCUCAGCCGCCGUUCCCCACGCCCAGCGCCACGUACCCACCGUACCUAGAUGGCGAAUGGUCCAGACACUGCCGGUUGCCAUUGGUGUUCAAUCCGGACCCGCAACCCGAACCUGUCAACUUGCACAACAACCAUCACCGGAGGGGAGAGCCCAGGUCUUUGGAGAUGGUGGAAAGGCCGGAAAGGGUGCACAACCGACCGGUGCAGCCUGCCGUCCAGCCACAGGACAACCGGGAACCGACCAGGCAUCAUGCUUAACUAAAGGACAUCCACCGUCUGCUGGUCGGCAUCUACAACCCUUCUGGGCGUUUUUAAAAGAAAAGAAAAUGAUUUAAUCAUAAUAUUCUUGGCGUUCGA